AUGUACCAUCAGGCUUAUGCUGUUGGGACAGCCUACAUCGCAGAAGUUUUGAUGGAAAGUAAUGCCACUCUACAAGUAGACCAGAUCCUGUCAGCCUUGAAUAAUGCAACCAAUCUUCGCAAAGUGACGCUUCAUGACAUUGAACUGAUGGCUGAGUGUGUAAUUGUUGGAAAUGAAUACUCUUGCAACUGUUCUGAUGGGUACAUUUGGAGCUACGAAGUGUGCCAGGAUUUAAGAUGCUGUAAUGAAAAUUCAUGUAAACACAAUGUGUUAACGUUCACAUCAGUCUGCAUUGCCAAAGAUAAAUUCACAUGCAUUGAUGAUCCAGAAUUUGGAUAUGGAUUUUUAAAUGAUAUUGGUAGAGCCUCUUGUAGACAAAAUGAGGUGGGAGAAAAAACUGCCAUUUGCAGAGCAAGCGGAGAAUGGGAAGAUCGGGAUGACAACUGCACCCUAGAGACUAUUUUCCACCUACUUUCCAGGUUGGAAAUUUUGAAUGAAACAACUUUGCCUGAAAUAUUGGCUAAACUACGCAAUGAGACUGUCACACUGAGUCAGCAAGUGAUUGAAUCUCCAAACAACAUUAAUGCUACCGUUAGAAUUCUUGACAUUGUUGCAACUUUUGUGAGAACAUCUCAAAUCCUGAUAAAUCAGACUCAUAUCGAGAAUGUCCUUUAUACUACAAGUGUCCUCACCAUGGAUAAUGCAACAGCAUCAUGGGAUGCUCUUAACAGUCAAGCUGUCAUUGAAACCUUUGGACAAAGAACCCUCACUCCUAGAAAUAACAGUUUGAGCUCACUAUUGCUCUUCUCUCUUGAGAGUAUGACAAGUAGACUAAAUAAUGCCUCUUUUAACAUUGAAACACCAUUGAUUAUCUUGAACAAAACUACAUUUACGGACAGUUUCAAAGAGGAUUUUAAUUCUACAGUGGAGAUAGACAUACAGUGGUCUAAACGAGCAGCAAAUCUCACAGUGAUAACCUUUGAAUCCUUGCACAACGUACUUCCUCCAAGAGAUGAAAACAAGGCUUCAGGCAGGGUCAUCAAUGGGAGAGUUGUACUUGUUCAGUCUGACUCCAAUAUAGACAACAUCUCAUUUAGUUUUGACGUCCUAAAUGAGAAUCUGACAAGACCUCAGUGUGUGUUUUGGAACUUUGCCCUUUUCGAAGGUCUCGGAGGAUGGGACGAUAAAGGCUGUGAACUCGUAAGAGAGAAUGAAACGGUUACAUGUCAGUGUGACCAUAUGACCUCGUUUUCAAUACUAACGUCCCCUAAUUCUCCAAACAACCCUCUGUUGGAUGACAUAACAUACAUCGGGCUCGGCAUUUCCAUGUUGUCCUUAGUUAUAUGCCUCUGCAUUGAGGCGCUUAUAUGGAGAAAAGUUAGCAAGUGCAACACAUCAUACUUUCGCCAUAUUUCCAUUGUUAACAUUGCACUCAGUCUCCUGACUGCAAACAUUUGCUUCAUUAUUGGCGCAGGUAUCGCUGAAAGAAAGGAAUUCUUCAAUCUACAGGCAUGCACUGCUAUGACCUUUUUCACCCAUCUUUUAUACUUAGCGCUUUUUUUCUGGAUGUUCAAUUAUGGCUUGUUGGUGCUUUAUUACACAGUCAAUGUUUUUGAAGCUAUUUCUAAAAGCACCAUGUUGGCUAUUGGUUUCUGUCUUGGCUACGGGGCCCCACUGAUUAUCGCAAUGAUUACUAUAGUCGUAACUGCACCGGUUAACGAAUAUAUUCGGGAAACGCCAAAAUGCUGGCUUAACUGGAAUAAGUCCAGAGCAAUGCUGGCAUUUGUGAACCCGGCGUUACUCAUUGUCUUUAUAAAUAUUCUAAUUCUAAUUGUGGUGAUGGUUAAACUACUACAGAGACGAGGAAUGCCAAGUACUGUGCAAGGGGAUGAGAAAAAUGUCGUUGGGGUCCUUGCUCGGACAAUGGCCAUUCUAACACCAUUUCUUGGACUAACGUGGUGUCUUGGAGUGGGAACACUAGUUGACCCUGACAGUCGGACACUCAAAACUAUGUUUGACCUCUUUAAUUCUCUGCAGGGUUUGUUUAUAUUAAUUUUUGGAAUGCUCUUGGACAAAAAGGUUCGGGCAGAAAUUUGGAAUCUCGUGUCUCAAACCUCUGUCAGUGGAACAAAGCCCAUCGGUUCUUCAAACUCAUCAAGUCAGUGGUGGUUUUGGAAGACGUUUGGGAGAAAAGGUAGUCACGACCUGCCAUCUACCGCCUCCAAAUCAUCUUGUGCUGCCAUCUGUCGAUGACCCAUGUCGCAUCUCUGCUCAGACUGACCAACUUUUCCAAACACUUUUUGAUUAAC